AAGCAAUUACUUGCGCCCUUACGGAAACUACAUGCAUUACUCCAACACCAACCACACCAGCCUGUGUGCCUGCUGGUAGUCCAUGCACACAAAAUGAGGAUUGCUGCACAGGUUCUUCAAGUCUUGCCUUUGUGUCACUGAAGUUCCAUCAGGAUUAA